AUGGUUCCACCAUCGACGGGCUCCAUCGACUUCGCUCCUCCGCUACCGCUACCGUGGGAUGAUUAUGACCCACCGGGGUAUGAAUCACCGCCGAUACGUCCCUGGUAUCCGCCACCGCCGCCGUCUUCAGAUUCAGAUAGUGGAUGGGUACUCGCGGUAUUGCUCGUCUUCGUCUUCGUAGUCUGCAUGAUCGGAGUCGUUUUAAAGGUUUACCGCAGCAAGAAAGCUCACACUGAGGCAGCGGCAGAAGCAGUCGCUGCCGCUGCUGCUCGAGCGCGAGAGUUGCCGCACCCGCGGUCGCUGCCGGGGCUGGAAUCCCUCUGGCAACGUGAUGAGGUGCGGCUGCCGAGAACCCGUGCUACCAACCCGGGGGUCCGCGCUACAAACCCAACGGCCCGCCUCCCGGCAUUCAAGUACAACCGGUCCAUGAAGCACAACGUGAUGGGUGGAGAGGAAGCGGCGACGUGCUCUGUGUGCCUCGGCGUGUUCCAGCUAGGUGAGACGGUGCGGCUGUUGCCGGCGUGCAUGCACCUGUACCACGUGGAGUGCAUCGACCCGUGGCUGGACGCGCACUCGACGUGCCCGAUCUGCCGCUCGGACGCCGACCCGACGAUGGACGGCGGACGCCCACCCCCCGUUUAG